AUGGCGACGGUCGAUGCAGACUGUUCGCACCCAGUGCAGGUCGCUGGGCUCUGUGCAGUAUGUGGUCGCGAAUUGGACAGCGCCGUUCUGCUGGGCGUUUCGAUUGCCAUAUCCCACGCCUCGGCGGGCAUCAAGGUCUCCGCAUCCGAAGCCAAGCGCUUAGAUGCGGAGUCCACUGCGCAACUGCUGCGUCAGCGGCGUCUUGCGCUGAUCAUCGACCUCGACCAAACGAUCAUCCACGCCACCGUCGACCCGACUGUUGGUGAAUGGCUCAAAGACCCACAGAAUCCCAACUAUGCAGCGCUUAGUAAUGUCGGGCGCUUCAAACUGGGCAUGGACGGAAAGACGGUCCUCGGCUUUGAGACGCACGACCAAGUGGGCGACCGCGCUGCCAGCGAAGCGCCAGAUGAAGCAGUCGCCGGGUGCUGGUACUACGUCAAACCGCGGCCGGGCCUCGCAGACUUUCUCCGUGGCCUGGCGCGAAAGUACGAGCUGCAUGUCUACACGAUGGGCACGCGCUCCUACGCCGACUGCGUGUGCAGGCUCGUCGACCCGGAUGGCACGCUGUUCGGUAGUCGGAUCCUCUCGCGCGACGAGAACGGCAGCUUGCUGCAAAAGAGCCUCAGCAGACUCUUCCCGGUGGACACAAGCAUGGUUGUCAUCAUCGAUGACAGGGCCGACGUGUGGAGCCGGUCUCCCAACCUGAUCAAAGUCAACCCAUACGACUUUUUCGUCGGCAUCGGCGACAUCAAUGCGACAUUCCUACCAGCCGCGCCACCACCGCCGCUGCCAUCGCCGACGCUUCUCACGGACGGCGAGACGGAUAUCACUGCAGAAGCUUCGCCAGACAUGAGCAGCACAAUCCCCGAGGAAGCAGGAGCACCGACUCCGCCAGCGGAUGCUCCCGAGUCGCCGGCCCUUGCCGCGGCCAGCUCCACUCCACUAAUGAUGGGCCUGGAAGGAGCAGACGCGAUUACCAUGGAAACAUCAGAGGCUGGCGCAGCGGCUGCGGCCGCCGAAGAAAAGGCGGAAAAGGAUCAGCGGGCAGUGCUCACCGAGCAGAUUGACUCUCGGCCACUGGCAAAGAUGCAAGAAGCGCUGGAGGAAAAGCUCAGCCACUGCCACCCGUCUUCCUCUGACAGUGCAGGCCCGUGUGCGAAAGUCUCAGAAGCACCGCAUCAAGACAACGCUCCAGGUGCAGACGCUGACGAGGCCGCGCCCUCCAGCCUCGUGGAACCUGGUCCGCUCCAACGCCUCCACGCGGUGCUCAAGGAUGACGACGCAGAACUGGCACGGGUGCAAGAGAUCCUCGACGCCAUUCACGAACGGUGGUAUGCGCAGUGGGACGGUAUGCACGGCGCCAGCAUGCCGCUGACAGAGUCCCCCGACGACCUCAAUGCACUUGCUGCGCGCCCAAAGCCAGCUGUCAUGAACAUCAUCGGAGACAUCAAGCGCCUCGUUCUGGCCGGGUGCAACAUUGUCUUUUCAGGGGUGAUACCGCUCGGGGAAAAGCCGCAAGAGCGAGUAAGGGUACACUCCACGGACAUUUGGAGAGUCGCCGAGGAGUUUGGCGCGCGCUGCUCCCUGGGCGUCAAUGCGACAGUGACGCACUUGAUCGCAGCCAAGGCCGGCACCGAAAAAGUCCGGCAAGCGACGCGGAUAGCCACCAUCCACGUCUUGCAUCCGUCGUGGUUCCACACUUCUGUUGCCCACUGGGCGCGAGAAGAGGAAGAGUGGUAUAUCUUGCCAAAGGACGCGAGCAGCGACUCGCCUUCCGCGGCGUUAUUUCUAGGCUUUGGCGACGACAGCAGCGAUUGCGAGUCCGAUGCUGAUCAGCAGCGUGAUCCGGCUGGGGAACAGGCAGACGCAUUGCCCGCAGAAGUGUCCUUGUCCGGAAUCGAUUGGGGAGAAGCAGCCGACGAGGUCGAUGCCUACCUCGACGACAGC